AUGGACCAGGUCAUCUCGCAUGACUUUGAGGAUUGGCCCGACUGGCCGCUCCGCAAUUCCCACUGCGUGAGUUAUGUAUCGCAGGACUCCGAAACCGCCAGUCUGUUGUCGUCCUCUCAAUACCCUCCGCCGCCCAGUCCCACGGUCACGUCGUCCUCCAGCGAUAAGGGCAAAUCGCCGCAGUCGCCGCCAGAAGUCAUCAGAUUGCACCUUAAUCCCACUGUGACCAUAUCGUUCGUGAGAAAGAAUCGAUUGUUCCGGAUUCAGUACGGAUACAUCAAUAUUUGCAAGGACUCGAGUGGAAACCUGCGGUGUCUAGAGCUGGGAGGAUCGGCCGGCCAGCAGAAUCCUUUUAUACAUACCUUCCACAACUCCAAGCUGCCUGUCCCGCACUUGGAGCAACCCCGACUGUCCAAAGAAACCAGCUACCGUGUCUCCUUUCUGGAAGAACAGACGAUCCAGACGGGCCAGACGGUGUUCACCAGUCAGCUGUCCUACACCUUUGACGAUUGGAAUGAUUGUGUCCGGUUCCAGGAGCUCCUGCUUGCAUCCGAGCUGGUCUUUAUUGCAGGCAUCGCGGAGGCCAAAUCCAAGGGCCGUGGGGAGGAAUGCAUCAGCCAGAACCUGCGCAUCUUGCGGGGCCGCCAUGACCGCAAGGUUAUUUUGUUCUUCGCCAAUUCGCAGCGAAGGGAGCGGAAACGAUACGUUUCUAUACCGCGUAGGGAUCCCUCGAACACGUUCUUUUGCGAUGCUGAGACUCUGUUUCUGACCUGGUCCCCAGUUAAUUGCAUCGACCAUCUGGAGGUGCCGAAGAAGCCCAGCCGCCCGGUGUCGCUGCACCUGCGGCCCAACUUUGAAAUCUUGGCGGAGAUGAAGGUGUUGCACAUCCAGUUUCUGGAGGAAGACGGUGUGUUCUACGAUCAUUCCUCUACUGGCUACGUCGAUACUAAUUUUGGGUUUUCUUUGUCCCAGACCAGAGGAAGUUUAUCGACCUCGUGUUGCACUACCUUGACCGAUGACGUAUGA